GGGAGCCCUGCCUCUUUCCUCAGAUCAAUGCCCUGGCCACUCACUUUCUGAUGUUGCACGACGGGAAAUGCUUUGAAUACUUGCGACAUGGCCGCUUGCAUUGAUUGCCAAGAUUGACAGCAGUAACCAUCGUCUUCUGUCGCUUCUGUUUUAGAGUAGAGAGGGUAAACGAGAUAAAUAUAGGCUACCUAUAACUGCACUCAGCAGUUUUGACAGUUCAACUUCUUACAGCCAAAGCGGGAUUCCCUCUUCGGUCAGUGGAAGCGAUACACUUCAGUUGAUCUUUUCUUUCUUUUCUUCCCUUUCUCUGCUUGUACACAUAAGUGUACACUAUUUGUAACCUGUUUGAACACCAGUAACGGGAUACGACGAAGACGAGCGCCUGUUUGACCCUGCUCACAUCAAGGACUUUCUGUCCGUGGAUUUGGGGAGGAACUUGUGGUUUUGUGCAAGCAAAGAGCAUUUCCUAGCUGGAUCCGGCAGAUCGCAGACGAACGCUUAUGGUGCCAGUCAUUUUCAUGAAUUCGAAAUCAACUCACCAGUGAUCUUUGGGAGCUGGAGAUAAAGUCUUUCUGUUUAUAACCCAAAUGCUGAAUAUGGAGGGCUUUCUGCGUAGCAGCUUUUUACUGAGCAGAAUCAUGUCUUCCAAGCAAGCCACCUCUCCAUUCGCCUCGACCCCUGACGGAGGUGAGGAUGGAGUGAAUCAGGAGUGCAUGUCCUGGGAAAAAGAUGAGAACUCUGAGUCACUAGUCACUCCUCAGCUUCCCCUGCACAAUCUGCUCAUCAACAAACCUCCCCUGGAGGAGCUCCAGCCAAUCAGCAGCAGCGUGCCGCCCGAAUCUGACUGGGACAGUCUGCUGUCGGCCCAGCAGCGCAUGGAAUCGGACAGCAAUAAAGUAUGUUCCUUAUACUCCUUCCGGAAUAAUUCUACCUCUCCACACAAGCCAGAGGAGGGGGCCAGGGAGCGCGGUGACCUGCUGAGCAGUUCAGCCUUCGGAACACCAGAGCGCCGCAAAGGAAGCCUAGCUGAUGUGGUGGACACACUGAAACAGAAGAAACUAGAGGAGAUGACAAAGACAGAGCAAGACGAAUCAUCUUGCAUGGACAAACUCCUUUCUAAAGACUGGAAAGAGAAGAUGGAGCGACUUAACACAGACGAGCUGUUAGGAGAAAUUAAAGGUACUCCAGAAAGUCUUGCAGAGAAGGAGCAACAGCUCUCCACCAUGAUCACACAGCUCAUCAGCCUUCGAGAGCAACUCCUGGCUACCCAUGAUGAGCAGAAGAAACUGGCCGCUUCACAGAUGGAGAAACAGCGUCAGCAAAUGGAGCUGGCACGCCAACAGCAAGAGCAGAUUGCCAGACAACAGCAGCAACUUCUGCAGCAACAGCACAAAAUCAAUCUCCUCCAGCAGCAGAUCCAGCAGGUCCAGGGUCACAUGCCUCCGCUCAUGAUCCCCAUUUUUCCACACGACCAGCGCACUCUGGCAGCAGCCGCGGCAGCCCAGCAGGGCUUCCUCUUCCCCCCAGGCAUGUCCUAUAAGCCAGGUGAUAACUACCCAGUGCAGUUCAUUCCAUCCACAAUGGCAGCUGCUGCCGCGUCAGGACUCAACCCUCUCCAACUCCAGCAACUCUACGCCGCCCAGCUGGCCAGCAUGCAGGUCUCUCCAGGAGCCAAGAUGCCUCCGCUGCCCCAGCCCCCCAAUUCUGCUGGGCAGAUCUCCCCGUCUGGCUUGAAGAAUGAAAAGAGGGCCUCAACCCCACUGGCUCAAGUCAAGGAGGAGGGAACGCAGCCUCUCAACCUCUCCGCCCGGCCCAAGACAGCUGAGCCCAUCAGAUCCCCUUCAUCCCCAACACAGAUCCUCUUCCCAGGCAACAAGAGCAGCCCGAACAGCUUCUCCAAGAGCGCAGGCAUCCCCAGCCCCAUUGGAGGAAUGGGCCGUGGCUCGUCUCUGGACAUCCUUUCCAGCCUGAACUCAACAGCGCUGUUUGGAGAUCAGGAUGCAGUGAUGAAGGCCAUCCAGGAAGCGAGAAAGAUGAGGGAGCAGAUUCAGAGAGAGCAGCUUCAGCAUCAUCAGCAGGGAAUGGAAGCCAAGCUGUCUGCCCUCACCAGCAUGGGCCUGAACCACUGCAGAUCUGAUAAGGAGAGGUCUCAUUACGAUAACCUGGGCCAUCACCUGGGCAAAAUAGGCGAGGAUGGAAAGAUUGGUCACAGAGUCAUCGACCUCACCAGGCCAGAGGAUUUCGAGGGAGGCGUCAGCACUACCGAUGCACGGGUCUACAGGGAACCCCGAGGAAGGAACAGCAAUGAACCUCACAUCAAACGGCCAAUGAAUGCCUUCAUGGUCUGGGCCAAAGAUGAGCGCCGCAAAAUCCUUCAGGCUUUCCCAGACAUGCACAACUCCAACAUCAGCAAAAUCUUGGGAUCUCGCUGGAAGGGCAUGACAAACCAGGAGAAACAACCAUAUUAUGAGGAGCAGGCACGGCUCAGCAAGAUCCAUCUGGAGAAGUAUCCAAACUACAAGUACAAGCCCCGACCCAAGCGCACCUGCAUCAUCGAUGGCAAGAAGCUGCGCAUCGGCGAAUACAAGCAGAUGAUGAGGUCGAGGAGGCAGGAAAUGAGGCAGUUCUUCACUGUGGGGCAGCAGCCACAGACGCAGAUCCCCAUCUCCACCAGCGCAGGUGUCGUCUACCCCGGUGCCAUAACCAUGACGACCACAACGCCCUCCCCUCACAUGACAUCAGACUGCUCCAGUGCCUCGGCCAGCCCCGAGCCCACCAUCCCCGUCAUCCAGAGCACCUUCAACAUGAAGAUGGAACCAGGCACCAUGGUGUCUAACCACCCCGUGAACGGAGAGGACGAGAUGGACAUGUACGAGGACUUUGAGGACGAGCCCAAAUCAGACUACAGCAGUGAGAAUGACACACAGGAGCCGGUCAGUGCCAUCUAAGGAGAAAUCAGCUAGCGAAGAAUAUCCUUUUAUAAGUGAGAAGACUGAAGAAGAUGAAAAAGAGGACAACAACAACAACAAAAAAGAAAUCCAAAAACUUGUUUCUGAUGAUAUACAUUUUGGGAGCUAGCAUGCAGAUGUGGCUCCUGCAGAUUUAACAGCUGUUGGUCUUAAGUGUUUCUCCGAGUGUGAAACAUUUUGAUUGUGUUUUAUUUUGGCUUUGUUUGUAUUUGUAUUUUUGGCUUUUUUAUUGUUAUUUUAUUGAAAACAUUUUUUUAUUGUCUUUUAAUCAUGGACAAUUUAGGGUAUUUCCUACAACAUUUUGGAAUAAUAGGACUUGACUUUGAUUGAAACAUUUCAUAUGAAUGCAUAACGUACAGUCUUACUUCAAUUCAAACGGAUUUACACAUGUAUUUUUUUUUCUUUUGAAGCGUACAUUACUGUUUUUGAUGGGGUUCUAUAUCUCACUCAGGUAUGCUGUACCAGCCAACAGCUUGUGAAUGUUUUUAAUCAGAACUAUUUAAAAUGAAAAAGACGACACUUCAUUUGACAUUUCAUAAAACGAUAAAACUGAAGAAAUCCUUACAUUUGCUGAACCAUAGAGGGAAAGCCUAAAACUCCCCAUUAUUAUUGUUCGUGUUCUUGUUGUAAUUAUUAUUAUUAUUACUAUUAUUAUUAAUACUACUAAAAGUUCAGAUGUGCCAAACAUAUCAUAAGCUUCCUGCUCUUAAAUCUUAAAUUUGAAAGUCUUAAGGGAGAGACUGCAGAGUCUUAGACAAUCCUUGCAAUCUUAUUUACAAUGCCCACUUUUUUCCUCCUCACCCGCUUUUUCCCCCCCUGCUCUCCAUUGACUACCAUGUCCAAAUGCUCAGGAACUAAGAAUGCCAUAGUUCUCCAGGAGGUUCAAUGCAGUGAUCACCCGACCACCGCCCUCGUCUUCUCUCAGUCGUCUAGUUCGGUCUUACCCGCUCAGUUCUUAAUUGCAGUGAUUGUAAUCAGGCCAGAAUACCAAGGGGCCAAAUGGCAUCCAAUCUGCAGAAUUGGACAGGCAGCGAAAGGCAGCUUUGGUGUAUUACAAUCACAAGUUGCUGUUGUACAUGUACGCACACACACACUAGUCUUUAGCCCCGUUUUUCAAUGCAGCAAGUUUGUGCUUAAGUCUUGAAGACAUUGUAAUCUUAACUGACAGAAAUAGUCUUAAAGCAGAGUGUGUGCCCUUUGACCUUCUGCAGUGUGUUAAUCAUUAUGUCUUAAGAGAAAGUCCAGCUUAUCAGGAUGUUUUGGCCAGUCAUGCAAAGGGUUAAGGAGAAAAUAUACUAAACGAACAAUGGCACUUAUUUUCCAAAUUUUCAAAGGGUACUUGGAUUUGAGAUACUUUGUAUUUAUUUCAAAAUAUGUGAAGAAACAUACAUUUGAAAAUUCACAAAGUCAAAUCUGCCCUUUUUGUUUGGCAAUUUAAAUCAUUUCACUUGUAUCCAAUCUUUUUUGAGCACUUGAAAAAAAAAAUAAUUGGCAAUCCUGCGUUCUAAAUGAUCUGCUCGUUCCGGCAGCAAAAUGGAUCUCCGGAUGUUUCCAUGUGGAAGGACAGCCAAGAAGCAGCCAGUGGUCAGGGCCUCUUGUUAUAGGCUUUGGCCCUAGUGAAAGCUCCUACAGGGUGCGAGUGCCAUUCACCUCCACUCACCUUACAUCUGCCCAGUGCACACCCUGCCUCAAGGGGCUACCAUCUGGCUCCCGGCAUCAGCCCGUGCCCAGUAGAAAGGUAGCAAACAAUGGAAAUGAAGCCCAUGUGGUUUAUUGUGGCCUCCCUCCAUCAAAACACUCUCGAAAGGCCACGGCCAGAAGCAGUCACGAGGUGCUAGCGAGCAGAUGGAACAAGUAGAUCAAGCUGUGGGGGAUUAUUAAAAUGACUGACGAGUCGGUAUCAUCUGAAAUACACUAUUAUUAAUGCAUGAGUCCUGCUAUUUUGCCUUUGCCCUUGAACCCGUCUGUUUCAUCAGUAACCCAGAGAUUAGAAUAGACAGGAAAUGCCACAGCGAGGCUGCUGGUCACUGCAUUACCUCCAAAGGUCUAAAAGGUACCGAUGGCUGUUUAGAGCUUACUUCUCCCAGCAGUUGAAGCAUUGACUUUUCUCCCCAGCGCCCCUCUUUGAAAAGCAUUUACUUAAUUCGUCGAAGUUUAAAGCACUUCUUUAGAAGCUUGUAUCCGUACCUUUUAUUUUAUUGGUUUUGUUGAAGUUUGUCGUGAUUUUUACAUGAGGUACAAUACUUGGCUGGGUGUCCCUUGACAUCAGCAUUCAGUUUUUUUUUCUUCCCUGCUUACAAGCCAACGUUUAUUGUUUAAAGCUGUUAUAUCUGUUUGCUGGUGGACUGGUUGAUUUGUACGGGAUUUGUACAUAUUUCCUUGACCAUGCCAAGCCAGUUCUGUAUGCUGGUAGCAGAUAAAAGGACUGUUGUUGGGACUGAAACUUGAUUGCGCUUGUAUAGAUAAAAAAGAAAAAAAGAGACAAUUUCAAUCUCACAUGGAGACAAUGAUUCAAAAGUGUUACAAGCACUGGAUAUAAAUGGUAUUUUUAUCAAUUCUGACUAAUGUGAAGCCGUUGUGCGAGGAAGAAAAAAAAACACAGACACGAACAACCUGUUUGGACUCAUGUGAGCGCGCCUCACAGUUGCCAGAUUUGAAUAAUUUUUCUUUUGACACACUUUGUUUAUUUAUGCAAAGACACGGGAUGAAUGAACACUUUGUUUAAGCUCCAGUGCUGCCUUGGUGAGAGAGAGCAGUAAACUCGACGGAGAGGCUCGCGUAGUGACUGGCCAACUGAGACACACCGGACUUCAGUAGCACAUUUUGAUGGUCAUGUAUGUUUGUGUUGUAUAUUGUAAUUGAAGCUCUCUAGUGCAUAUAGACAUUUUAUUGUAUUUAUUAGCCAUUAUUGGCUCUAAAAGUGUCAGUAGAACAGAAUUAAAGGACAAUCAGAGAACAAGAAUAAAAAGUGAAAUUUCAAAAUG